AUGAGCGAAAAGUCUGUUUCUCAACUCAUCGAAGAACAAAGUCAAAUUCAAGAACUUAUUCAAACGAUUUUAAUUGACCAAGAACAAAUCAAUCAACUCCGUCUCAAACACAAACAAGCUUCACAAGCAGAGCAGAGCAUUGAAAAGAUGAAGGAUGAUGAGAAAAUUUGGUCCUGUGGUGCAGGUGGUUUCUUUCUUCUAACAAGCGUGAAGGAAAUGAGAGAAACAUUAUCGGAAGAAAAGAAUAUGUGCAAACAAGAACAAACAGAGCUUUCUAAACAUGUCGAGGAGAGUCAAAAACUAUUACAUUCUCUUGAUCCUCAUGAUGUCUAUAAAUUACAACAGCAAUAUUUACAAUAG